AUGAGGACUGAAGAGGCGAACCGUCUCAAAGAUAAGAUGGAAGAGCUUUCUCUUAAAUCUUCUAAAGCUAAUCUUGUUGAAUUUUCUGGUACUGUUGUGAAAGACAGGUUCAAAGGCAAACAGAAGAAAGUCUCGAAAAAGGAACAUAUGAAGAAGAAAAAUCAAUUCAACAAGCCGGAGAGGCUGCCAAGUGCUAUCAAAGAAAAUGGCAAGCAGGAAGGACAAAGUGAUGUCCAAGCUCAUCUUGCUGAGGGUAAUGAAAUGAUUGUUGUUGUAGUCGUUGAGGCAAAUCUGGUGGCUAACAAAACUGACUGGGUGUUGGAAACAUGCGCUUCAACGCAUUUUUGUUCUAAUAAGAAUUUAUUUCAUGACUUUGAGGAGUCCACUGAAGGCGAGUGUGUAUAUAUGGGUAACUCCACUACUGCUGUAGUAAUGGGAGCAAAAUAUGCCAAGAAACCUUUCAAAUCUGUUAUUAGUAGAAAGACCGAAUUACUUGAACUAAUACAUUCAGAUUUAGCAGAUUUCAAGAACACUAUUAGAAAAGGUGGGAAAAAGUAUUAUAUUACUUUUGUUGAUGACUUUUCUAGAUACACUAAGGUGGAGAAUACUUCUAUCAUAUCUAAACUGUCAAAUCAAGAAGAGGAUGAGGAAGAGGAAGAUGUCCCUCAAGGGGCAGAAAUCUCAGAUUCAGAUGAUGAAGAACCACCUCCAAGAGGAACAAAAAUAUUGAGUGAAAUUUAUCAAAGAUUCUACUUUACCAGUGUUGAGCAAGAAAAUUAUGAGAAGACAAUAAAGCACGAUGUUUGGAACAAAGCCAUGGCUGAAGAAAUUCGGAUGAUUGAGAAAAUUAAUACUUGGGAGUGUGUGACUAUACCCAAAGAAAGAAAAGUUGUAAAUCUAAAAUGGAUUUACAAAACCAAACUCAAUCAAGAAGGAGAUAUUCAAGAGAACAACUUGCUGACAUCUUCACCAAAGCACUUCCAAGAGAAAAGUUUUGCUAUCUUCGAGAAGGCAUUGGAGUUGUCAAGCAAAUGCAUUAAGGGGUAG